UGUGAAUGCUAGGCUGUGUGUGUCGGGACAUGGUGUGCACCGGUUGGGGGCUCUAAGGGUGGGUGGGGGAAGGAGCCCCGGGGAAACAGUGUGCCUUUGUGAGGGUGUGUGUGUGUGUGUGUGUGUGUGCCGCUGAGUCUGUGUGCAGUGGGUGUGGGUGUUUGUCUCCCUGUAUCCGCCUUCUCUCCCGUUCUGGACUUUUAGCCUUCCUGGGCUCAUUUUCCCCAUGUCCUACCUCCUCCCUCUCCGGGCUCGAAUUAGGUGCCCUAGUGGAGGAGGGGGGCAUGCUCCAGGACCUAGUCCAACCCCAGACGCUGCCUGAGGCUUCCCUCCAGCUCCCCCUCCCUUCCUUUUCUCCCUUUCCUCCCUCCCUCUCUUUCCUCUCCUCCCUCCCCCCCAAGGCUGGCGUGCCAGGGGGUGGGACAUGCCAAUCACUGGCUGUGCCUCUCCGGCUGCCAGCACAGGGCGCAGCUCCCCCCGGGAGCCAGGUGUUUGGGUCCCUGGAGACGCCGCCGGCCCCCGGGGAGGCAGUGGGGCUGAGGACCCUACAGACCCUUCUCCAGUCCCAUGGUGAUGACCUCCCCCUGAGGAAGCCCUGUACCGCGACUAGAGGAAGGGGCUGCCCCCCCCACCCCAGCCCACCACCAUGAAUACCUCGGCCCCACCCGCCGUCAGCCCCAACAUCACCGUCCUGGCACCGGGAAAAGGACCCUGGCAAGUGGCCUUCAUUGGGAUCACCACAGGCCUCCUGUCCCUGGCCACAGUGACAGGCAACCUGUUGGUACUCAUCUCCUUCAAGGUCAACACUGAGCUCAAGACAGUCAACAACUACUUCCUGCUCAGCCUGGCCUGUGCUGACCUCAUCAUCGGUACCUUCUCCAUGAACCUCUAUACCACGUACCUGCUCAUGGGCCACUGGGCUCUGGGCACCCUGGCCUGUGACCUCUGGCUGGCCCUGGACUACGUGGCCAGCAACGCCUCCGUCAUGAACCUGCUGCUCAUCAGCUUCGACCGCUACUUCUCCGUGACCCGGCCCCUGAGCUAUCGAGCCAAGCGCACACCCCGCCGGGCGGCCCUGAUGAUCGGCCUGGCCUGGCUGGUCUCCUUCAUCCUGUGGGCUCCGGCCAUCCUGUUCUGGCAGUACCUGGUAGGGGAGCGGACGGUCCUGGCCGGGCAGUGCUACAUCCAGUUCCUCUCGCAGCCCAUCAUCACCUUCGGCACAGCCAUGGCCGCCUUCUACCUCCCGGUCACGGUCAUGUGCACGCUCUACUGGCGCAUCUACCGGGAGACGGAGAACCGGGCCCGGGAGCUGGCGGCCCUGCAGGGCUCCGAGACGCCCGGGAAGGGGGGCGGCAGCAGCAGCAGCUCUGAGCGGUCCCAGCGGGGGACGGAGGGCUCCCCAGAGACCCCUCCGGGCCGCUGCUGCCGCUGCUGCCGGGCGCCCAGGCUGCUGCAGGCCUACAGCUGGAAGGAAGAGGAGGAAGAGGAUGAAGGCUCCAUGGAGUCCCUCACGUCCUCCGAGGGGGAGGAGCCCGGCUCCGAGGUAGUGAUCAAGAUGCCCAUGGUGGACCCCGAGGCCCAGGCCCCGGCCAAGCAGCCCCCCCGGAGCUCCCCCAACACGGUCAAGAGGCCAACCCGGAAGGGGCGCGAGCGGGCCGGCAAGAGCCAGAAGCCCCGGGGGAAGGAGCAGCUGGCCAAGCGGAAGACCUUCUCGCUGGUCAAGGAGAAGAAGGCGGCCCGGACCCUGAGCGCCAUUCUGCUGGCCUUCAUCGUCACCUGGACGCCGUACAACAUCAUGGUGCUGGUGUCCACCUUCUGCAAGAACUGUGUUCCCGAGACCCUGUGGGAGCUGGGCUACUGGCUGUGCUACGUCAACAGCACCAUCAACCCCAUGUGCUACGCGCUCUGCAACAAAGCCUUCCGGGACACCUUCCGCCUGCUGCUGCUCUGCCGCUGGGACAAGCGUCGCUGGCGCAAGAUCCCCAAGCGCCCGGGCUCUGUGCACCGCACCCCCUCCCGCCAGUGCUGAGGGCCCCUAGCCGGUGUCCAGGCCUGCCACCCCAGGCCCUGGGACAGCCCGGCAGGAAGGAAGCAGGCAGGGGCUGCGACCUCAGACCCAGGGCCCUGCUCUGUCCUCACCAGGCUUCCAGGGGGCGGGGGAGAGCCGUAGGUCACCUUCCUGGACAGCCCAGACAGACCCUGCCAGCUUUCCAAACUGUUGCUAUUCCCAGGCAGGGAACGAACCUGAACCGGGGGAACUGGUUUUUCUGUUCCCUGCUGGGUGGGAAUGGGCUGUCACCAGGAAGAAGGCAGGGGAGAGGAGGAUCCAAGCUUUCAGAUCCCUUGUUUGCCUUCAGGCAGGAAAUCUGUGGGGAGCCAGCAGGCGGGGCCAGGAGUAAAUAGGUUCACAUUUCAGUCAUCCCUGGCCCAGGGGCUGGCCCCAUGGGGGGAUGGCGGUGGGAGAUGGUACCCAGGCCCCACCCCACCCCCGGGCCAACAGCAGGUUGCUGAUGCCGACCACUGAGAGGAAAGCUUGGCUCCAAGGCAGCACCCCCUGGCUGGAUACUGGGUAUCCCCUCCCUCCCUGGGCACAGCCCCCCCACCCCCCUCACCUCCA